AUGUCGGUGUCAUUUGCCGAGAAAUUAUUACUCGUAUUUGUCGCAUUAAAUUUAACAAUUAUUAUAUUACUCUAUAAAUUUACUACAACCAAUGCACCAAUUACACUUAUCAUUCAGUUAAUGAUACCACUGAUCAUCUGGCAACUAAUACUUGGUAUGUCAUUUUUUCCGGAUGAGUUUGUAGCACAAUUUCUGGAUGACUUUUACGGAAAUGAUGAUGCAGCCGGUGAUCAAGCAUUUAAUCAACCGUCGCCAUCAAAUAUUGAUAAUAGUAUCAUUCAUUCACACGGUGAUAUAUCUAUAACAAAUGCUUAUAUUAGGCAUAGUUAA